AUGUCAUUUGCGUAUGAAAGCGAGGGUGUUGUGUCAGAGGAAAGAGGUGCAGGCAUGUUUCUCGCGCACCUUCCCUCUGACACGCCAGUCUAUUGCUACAACAACAAACUCGCUCUUGAGAGCCUCUUCCCUCCGUAUUCAGUCGAGGAUCGCUUUAUCGUCCUGAAAAACUUCCCACCAGAAACCCUUGCCGAACACGAGGAAGACUUGCCCGGACGCUGUGACUAUUCGCCAUCACUUCAGAUUCUCAUCAUUACAAUGCCUGGUCUACCUCAUGAAGAAGCGGCGGACAGCUUUCAGAUAAUUAUUGCGACCCUCGCCAAAGAGAUGAAAGUCUACAGACGGCUUGCGAACUGGGGAGCCACUCGUGUCGAUACCCCUGAUCGAAGCAAGCAGGCAGACCGGUCGUGGGGGCCACGCGGCCAAAUGAGAGAUUUUCCAACAGUGACAUUAGAGACUGGCUUCUCAGAGACAACCUCGAAACUGGAAAAGGACAUCGCUUGGUGGAUAAAUGGAUCACAAGGUGACGUGAGAAUGGGAGUGACUGUCGACAUCAAACGAGCAUCCGGCUCCAUUGAAAUCAGAUCCUGGACGCCAGUAUUCACACCAUUACCAAGCCAUGUCCAAAUCACCGCAAGCGGUCGUCGUGUUGUCGAUCGAGACAUCAGUAAUCCUCCACCACCUCGAGUCGCCCAGAGGAUCUUCAUCAAGAGAGGGAGAGACGGCUCCCGUCCUACGAUUGAAGGGGGGGAUCUAACUAUCCCAUUUGAUGCUCUCCUGUUGGACAAACCGGGAGAAGACGAGCAUGAUUUCGUGCUGACAGCCGAUAUGCUAUUGCAUGAUUUGGCAGAGCGUGUCUGGGAUGCUAGUGACCUGGCUGAAGCGAAGAAGGCAAAAAAGAAGACUCGGUAA